AUGCAAGCCGCAGCAAAGCAGCACGAGAGGCGAGGCGAUGCCUCAAGCGAGAGCAAAACCAAGACAGACACAUGCUACCGAUAUCGAUCAAGUUCACGGCUUUUCCAUGUGGUGGCACAGUCUUCACCGCGCUUUGCACCUUGUUCCGCUGUUCACCGAUGCAAACAUUUCAAGUCAUCUAGCGAGAUUCGCCUGAACGUGCGUCAAUGA